AUGGAUAACGCCAAGGGCGUGGCAGACUCCCUGUGGGUGGGGCUCAGCAAAAACGACACUGGCGGUUCGACGUCCGAUUUCAGUGAAUUUACCUGGGGUGACGGAGAGAGCGUCAACUACACAGUGACAGACGGCAACCCUGGGACACUGACGGCCUCGUGUCAGGGAGUGACGAUCACCCCAUCAGGACUUGGAGUUUGGACCCGUCAGGACUGUGCGUCCACUUCGAGAUACGUUUGCCAGAGACUAGGAAACCCUCCAAGCACAGUAUGCAACCAUCCUGUCAUCACAUCCGGACUACACAUAUCUCCGAGCUACGGGCUGUGCUCUCUGGGAACCAACUGUUGCACCGUGAACACCACCGUGUCGUUUACUUGUGAUCCAGGCUGGUAUCUCAAUGGCCAAGGCACCGUUUAUUGCGCUAGCCACGGCCAGUGGGCUGUAGACCCCUAUUAUUCGUACCCUUACACAUGGACAACAUGUUCACCUCUACCAUGCCCUACAAUCAAUGUCCCAGCUGAGAAUCACGUAUAUGUAACGUCAACAAUUGGCAGUAUGGCGGAUACUGUGACGUUUUUCUGUCACAGUGGUUACGUCAUGGCGGACUCCAGGACCAACGUGACCAGUCAGUGUACAUGGAAUGCCACUCUAGCAGGCAUGGAGUGGACAGUGGUGACACCUAUAUGUUACGGUGGCGCCAAGGGCGUGGCAGACUCCUUAUGGGUGGGGCUCAGCAAAAACGACACUGGCGGUUCGACGUCCGAUUUCAGUGAUUUUACCUGGGGUGACGGAGAGAGUGUCAACUACACAGUGACAGACGGCAACCCUGGGACACUGACGGCCUCGUGUCAGGGAGUGACGAUCACCCCAACAGGACUUGGAGUUUGGACCCGUCAGGACUGUGCGUCCACUUCGAGAUACGUUUGCCAGAGACAAGGAAACCCUCCAAGCACAGUAUGCACCCAUCCUGUCAUCACAUCCGGACUACACAUAUCUCCGAGCUACGGGCUGUGCUCUCUGGGAACCAACUGUUGUACCGUGAACACCACCGUGUCGUUUACUUGUGAUCCAGGCUGGUAUCUCAAUGGCCAAGGCACCGUUUAUUGCGCUAGCAACGGCCAGUGGGCUGUAGACCCCUAUUAUUCUUACCCUUACACAUGGACAACAUGUUCACCUCUACCAUGCCCUACAAUCAAUAUCCCAGCUGAGAGUCACGUAUAUGUAACGUCAACAAUUGGCAGUAUGGCGGAUACUGUGACGUUUUUCUGUAACAGUGGUUACGUCAUGGCGGACUCCAGGACCAACGUGACCAGUCAGUGUACAUGGAAUGCCACUCUAGCAGGCAUGGAGUGGACAGUGGUGACACCUAUAUGUUACGAUUUAACGUCAUUUGUUAUGUCCUGCCCUGAUUUGACGAUCGACCAAAACGGAAAUUAUAACUGCACAGGCAUCAAUGGAACAAUUGAAGAUUCGAUCACUUGCAAAUGUUACCCUGGUUACGCAUAUGAUGACGGCACAUCCAUCCGGGUCCUAAGCUGUACCUUGGGUAGUGGAAGCCCAGGGUGGUCCAACCAGCUGACGUCAUGCAUACCUUUACCGUGUCCGGAUUUGAUCAUCGACCCGACAGGAAACUACAACUGCACAGGAAUCAGCGGAACUAUUGGAGAUUCUGUCACGUGCAGCUGUUACCCUGGUUAUAUGUACGCUGACAACAGUAACAUCCGGGUCUUGAACUGCACCUUGAUGACUGUCAGUCCAGUGUGGUCCAACAGACUGGCAUCAUGCGGACGUACAACAGAGAUAUGCGCCCCGCCCACAAUUCCAACAGAAAACCACGUGACCGGAAACGUUUCAGGAGCAAUCGUCGGCGAUGUCAUCAUGUACGUUUGUGACCCUGGGUACGCAGUCCAAGCCGGCAACGCCUACGUGACCUCUGUUUCCGUUGAGUGCGUCAGUGCUAACAACACACAUGAAUUGGAGACAACUACGCCAUCUAGUGAAAACUCGUCCAGGUUACCAUGCCCGGAAUUGAUCAUCAACGAGACCGGAAACUACAACUGCACAGGCACCAACGGUACGGUUGGAGAUAUGGUCAUGUGCUCAUGUUACCCCGGCUACGCAUUCAAUGAUAGCAGUAACAUCCGGGUAGUGAAUUGUACCUGGAUGAACGGCAAUCUUGGUUGGUCCAACCAACUGACGUCAUGCGAACCCCAGCCCUGCCCAAACAUCUCCACUGUUGUUACCCCCGAUCACCAUGUGACCUAUGAGGACUCCGGCCCGGUGACUGUGGGACAAAACAUCACAGUGAGAUGUGAAGGUGGUUAUGCACUGAGCGCUGAAAACCACACAGAUACCGUUCAAACUCUCGAAUGCGGUGCCAACGGGCCUUCGUCCGCUGCCUGGAGCAGUGUGGUAACGUCUUGUAUAGCUCUUCCCUGCCCGCCAGUUGAACUAAUAUCCGCAAACCACUUGGUGAUGGCCAACUAUUCAGGCUUUCUGGGGGACAGAAUAGCGUUUGAGUGCGAGGACAAUUACACGUUACCGGGAUUUGUGACAACCCUGGAAGUAAACUGCACUUGGGGCGGUUUGUCCACCGCUUGGUCUCAGCCGGUGCCGACAUGUGUGGCCAUUUGUGCACCACCCAUGAUUCCAGAAGAGAACCACGUGACCGGAAACGUUUCACGUGCACUUGUCGGUGACAUCAUCCUGUAUGUGUGUGAUCCUGGAUACGCUGUUCAAACUGGUGGCGUUUAUGUGACCUUUGUACCCGUGGAGUGUGUCAAUGUGAACUCUACGACAUCUAGCGGAAUUUUGUCUAGUGGUGGUGCUGUUUGGGAAACCAAUCCUCCAAUGUGUAUAGGAGAUAUGGAGGUCCAAGUGAUUGGCCAAUUUUUAGAACUACAUUUAAUAUAUGGUGAGAAAUGA